AACCGAUGACCAGCAUUGAAAUCCGACAAUGUAUUAUUCCAAUUAUCACUGCCAUCAUAGUUGUCCGAGGAAUGUCUGAGGUACCAAGAACCUUUAGCAUUUCUCCUGUUCCCUUCUUCAAGAGUUUCUGCCGUGGCAAGAUCGAUAGUGCAAGCGUGUUCGGGGGCCUUGGAUUUCCCCCCUAGACUCGCCGUGCGGUACCGUACUAUUUGUGCUGUAGCGAGCCAUCUAUCCCUCGGUUCUCGCUUCUUCUUCUUCCUCUAAUCGUGCCAAGGUUAUCCUUCUUCCCCCAAUUGCCCCCCUUACCCGAUCCUCCGCCCAAUUGACGGGGUCAUCUGGGAACUGCCGUGCACUCGUGUUUCGCUGUACGGUAAUACGGUACGCCUUGUGACCCGAAUUGAUCCCGACACCGUAUACAGUAUAUGAAUAACCCCUCGUGUGCGGAUCUGGCCGAAAUGUCUUCGGCUCCAUCGCUGGAAACUGUCGGUAAGGAUAUCUUCGGGAUCCCCUCCCCUCACCACUUCCUAGUGUAUUGUCUAGGCUGACAAUCACCGCAACGCUCUCCAUCCUCGCAGGGGAGAGUCCACCUACCAACGUCCCUCCCUCCUCAGAAAAUACCACGGGGAGCCGCAAAAGCUGCUCUCCCACAAGUUUACACCGUAAAACCGGCAGCAAACGUCUCGUCGGUCGUCUGCCCACCAUGCCUGGUUCGAACUCCCCGCAUUCCACGGACCCCCGGGAUACUCUACUGCAAAGGCCACACCCAUUCGAGGAGAAUACGGGCAGUCGAGAAAACCCGGGCGGCCGGCAUUAUACACCCACCCGCGAACAAUACAUGGCCUCAACCGGGAGUGUAUCCAACAGUGAACAGAGUGUCAUUCUGGCCGAGCGGGUGAAGGCAUGGCUUCACAAUGAGAAGCAACGACAGGAAGACCGCCGCGAGAGAAAGAGGUCUGCUAAGAGAGCCGUUCACCAAGCAUUACACAUGCACCGCCCACUAAGUGAAUCAAUGGGUGAUGGUGAUAUUCCUGCCGCCUCAGACUCUAGUAGCGAUGAAGGGACACAGGAUUCAUGGAACCAGCUGGAGGCUAUUCUUGCGGCGGUCCAGGCUUCUUCAUCCACUGCUCCUAGUCGCCGCCAAAGCACGCCAGGCAAGAGAGACUCCUCAGGGAGGAGGUCCCGAGCGAGAUCGUUAAUAGGUAGCGCAUCGGAUUCCGACUAUGCUUCUGACGGAGAACCUGUAGCUCCCGCCUGUGAAGUGUAUCUAAGAACUGUUGGGGAGGUCGGAAUUGACGAGUUCAAGCGUCAAGUUUUGACAUUGGCGCAUACACUUAAGUGUAAGGGCUGGAGAAGGGUGCCGUUGGAUAGGUUCAAGGACGUAGCCAUUGAGAGGAUUAGUGGCGCCUUGACUAACACCGUGAGUUUAUUCUUUGUUAGUCUGACUUUUUGAUUAUCCAUUUGUAGGCCAUUUCCCUGGGCAAGAGGCGGGAGCCUCAUUCCCGUGAUAUGCGUGUUACCUGCGGUGAAAGCUCCUGUAGCAAGAAACAUAGCACAUACAGCCCUACACAUCCCGCUACGCUCGAUAUACGGCCUCCCUGUAACUGAUUUACCCGAAAUCAUGCACAUACCAUGCCCCCAAGUGGCUGUGGGAGCUGGAGGCGGGCGAGUGGAUGACAGACAUGCGCUUGAGAUAUGAAGUAUUCCGAGGGUGAAAUUGUUUUUGCGAGAAUUUUGGGUUUUUGCUAAUCGCGGGUCCUCUCUGGUGUCAAGGUUUACAUGGUCUCCCCCCCGCAAGAUAUUUCUGCCUCUUCCAACCCUAUGACUGCCCUUGCCAAUGAUUCUCAAGCCAGUGUAACGUCCACCCGCCCGCCCAAGCCCUUAGCGUACGUGUUUUCAGUGCUUCUCUCUAUCCCCAAAGUCCACAUUUUGGAUCCUGAAUGCGAGGCCCCCUAACAUAACGUUUCUAGAAAAUUGCUUCUUCGUAUCUACGGACCCCAAGUUUCUCAUAUUAUCGAUCGCGAGGCCGAAUUGAGUAUCCUUCGCCGCUUAGCCCGCAAGAGAAUCGGUCCUCGUCUUUUGGGCACAUUUGAAAAUGGAAGGUUCGAGGAAUUCUUUAACGCAACAACUCUUAUAUGCGAUGAUAUCAGAGUCCCGGAAACUUCCAGGCACAUUGCAAAGAGGUUGAAGGAGCUGCAUGAAGGUGUCAAACUCGAAGAUAGGGAGAGAGAAAUGGGGCCGGUCAGUUGGUGCAACUGGUAUAAGUGGGUUUCUAGAACAAGGAAGAUCAUGGCCUACCUAGAUGCUGCUGAGAAUUUGGGCAAAAAGGGCUAUAUAUGUGGGUGUCCAUGGGAAAGGUUUGAGAUAGCUGUUGAGAGGUAUAAGGAGUGGCUGUAUGGCAGGUCCGGUGGCGAAGAAAACGUGAAGAAGGAGAUGGUCUUUGCGCACAACGACGUACGUGGAUAUUCCUUCGACUUCCAUAGUUCAAUAGCUAAAGGCUGCGGUGUUAGACUCAAUACGGGAAUAUCAUGAGGUUGCAGGCUAGUGGGAACAGCCCGCUUUUGAUUCCGAGCAAUGAACAUAGGCGGCUCAUUGUUAUCGACUUCGAAUAUUCCGGCGCAAGUGCUCCUGGAUUUGAGUUUGCGAACCACUUUGUACGUGACGCUUCCCUGCCCUUUCAGAAUAACCUAUAGGGUCUAAUUUUUGACCAAGUGCGAAUGGAUGUGCAACUACCAUGACCCUGUCUCCCCCCACUUCGUGCACCACACCAAAUUCCCAACCCCUCAAGAGCAGCGCAACUUCCUCCGCGCCUACGUGGAACACAGCCUCACUUCCUCGUUCACCGCUAAGAGUGUUCCAACGAUGGGUACAAGCUCCGAGCCAUCCGCCUCGCCCACCUUACGCCCUCCCGCCAGAUCCUUCUCCUCGGUGCCUUCCUUCAUGCUCGACGCACGCACUCCCGGACCUAGCUACAAGGAAGAAGAAGCUAGCCGCCAGCGCGGAAUCGUCGAGGAAGUCGACAGACUAGAAGGCGAAGCGAAAGCCUGGCGUGCCGCCUGCCAUGCAAUGUGGUGCGUCUGGGGUAUCAUGCAAGCCAAGAUCCCCGGACCUGAAACCGAAGCCGCGAUCAACUGGCAGCAGCACCGUAUUGGCGAGCCCAUGUCUGAAGAGGCAGGAGUAGCUGCGGGCGAUCCGGACAACGUGAGGCCCGAGGAUGGGAAGGGGGGUGAGGAUGGGAACGAGUUUGAUUACCUGGGCUACGCUCAGCAGCGAGCGUUGCUGUUUUGGGGCGAUAUGCUUGCCCUCGGUAUCAUGACGCCUGAGGAGGUUGGCGAGGGAGUUGUGGAGAAGGCGAAGGUUGUUGCUUGGUGAUGGUUUGUUAUGCUGUGAUAUUUGCCCGCUCCGUAGAUGCUGUAGUUUUACUAGCAUCUUAUGACUUUCGUUUUCAUUUUCAUCUAUUUUAGCCUCGUUCGUAGCUAGGAAAUACAAUCAAGUCAGCCUAUUCACCACCCG